ACCGGAAGACGUAGUGGAAGAGUGGAACGUGGAAGCGACUCUCCGAGGAGAACGGAGGAAGAGAAUAAAGUUGUUUUCCUACAGGAUGAGUCUGGAUUCAAGACUGAAGUGAUCAAGAAACACUCACAGUGUACCGGAUCAGUGAAAUCCACAAACGUGGCCAGUGAAGAGUCCUUCUUGGGGGAUAGCAAAGACGGUGAACAUAUAAUAGGGAGAAAUAAGGAAUUCCUGUCUGAUAACGUCGAGGAUUUGAAAUUCCUUCCCCUUGGCAAUGUAGGAAAUAUACCACAAACGAGAUUCGCCGAUGCGAGGCUCGAUUCUUGCAGAUGUCAAGCCUCACUCCCCCCAGUUGAAAUGCUAGAUUCCUCAAGUUUUUUUCUGGCGAGCAGGUUUGUUAAAGAUGGUACCGCAAACGAUUCACAAAAGAAAAAUGUAGGAGAAGGUCCCGGGAAGAUACAUAAGCAUGUCUUGAACAAGCAAGACACCUUGCCCUGCUUUAAUGCCGCCCAGGAGCCACGACCUGGUGAACUAAAGCAAAAAAAGACAGCAGCAGGGGAGGAUUGCCACUCACGUGGAAGAAGUGGUCUCCCAGACAUCUUCUCCACUGUGGGAAAGCCACUGGUCCAAGUUCGACAACCUUCCUUUUAUGGCCCCACGGGAAGCAUACCAAUAAAUUUGGUUGGUGACACUCCUUACUUUCGUCAAAUCAUGGAGGGCGAAAGUUCUCCAACACACGACGACAAAUCUGGAUCGAACCUUCCAAAGAAGAAAAAGAAGAAGAAAAAUAAGAGAAAAAAUCGAGUUGUUAUUGACGGUGCUUUCGAAAACGUAGAGAAACAAGGUGGUGAGACCAACAAGAAGGAACCAACAGGUAGAACUGUACUGGAUGGAAAUGUCUGCGCCAAGAUCAUCAGCGUUAAUCAUGACUUUCAAGAGGGCAGCGCAAAGCUGAAAGAGAAGUCCAGGGUCGAUAGAAAUGAAAGCGGGAUUAAUCCCAUCUAUGAAAGAAAACAACGGCCGCGCACUUCUCUAGGGAAAUGGUUGAAAAAGAGGAGUAACUCUGUUGCACCUGCUCCAUACUAUGAUUUGAAGGAUGACGCCCAGGAAGACCAUUCUGUGCAAUUCAAGAAAGUAGCGGCAGAUGACAUAAGAUAUACUGAGCAACAUGUCUCUUCCAAUCCUGAAUUGGAAAUAAGAAAGGAGAGAUCCAGGACAUCGUUAAACAAUGAUGAGCCCUCUUCUAAUGGCUGUUCGACUUGGUUGGCGUUAGUGAGAAAGGAGAGUGUGUCUAAGUUUGUGGUCCCCGAGGCAGACGUUAUCAAUGAACAAAGUUCGACAGUGGAGAGAGGAGAAUGUUUUGAGAUCGUAAACGACAAUCCGAGAAGCAAAGAACAUACUGACUACCAACCCGCCGUAAGCGUUGAUGAAAAGUCAAAUGGUUACGAGGAAGACACUUCAGAGGAAUCUGCGUUAAAACUACAUGCAAUGGGAAAGGAGGUAAACGCCACAAAUCCAAUGCCUAAAGCCUCAUGUCGCCAAAGUAGUGACUCAUUACAAACUUCAUUGGAGGCUAGUGACUUUGGCACCGGCCAUACCUCCAGGAAAGAGCACAGCAAAGACAAAGCAGAAUCAGUGACAAAACGCAGUGAGCGACGUGCUACUAAGAAGAAACAACUUAGUACACUAGACAUGAAAAGCGGGCUCACUGAACCUUCAGCGGUUUCGAGGAAGGUAUCGAAGUCUAAACUUUGCCAGAAGAGCUCAGAGAAAAAACAAAGUAAAAAGAACAAGAAAGGAGAGGAAGCAUUACAGGAGCUGCAAAGGAGUUUCAAUUCCGAGAACAAAUAUGAUCUUAACUCAAUUUGUCACUAUGAAAGUUCUCUGUCAGGCAGGCAGGAGUGCGUCAAGAAAGAUUCUCCGAGUCAUAAAAUCAAGAAGAGGGUGAGAUUUAAACUGGAACCUGAAAUUUUCAACGAAGAACCAAACAGCGCCACAUUCAACUCAACGUUUAAAACGAGGCGCAACUGGGUAGACAGGAAACCGUCAACAUUCGUUCAGCAAUUCCGUGCGCUCACGAGCACGGACUGUUUUCAAGGUGGCGAAAGUAACUCACCUCCUAUUCCUGACAUAAAGCCGAAAUGGCAUGGGGCUGGACCGUGUUUGCCUUCAAUCAAGCGAGAAAAGAAGCCCGACAUGGUUCAAGACUUCCUUGAGAAGUACCGGAGAAAGAAGGAGAAAGAAAUGGAGGAGGACUUUGAGGGUUUUGGUGAACCUGAACCAGACGAGGUGAAACGAAUCCUUGAGCGGCCAAUGACGGCGACGCUUCCACGCUACCCAGCGCACUGGGAUCCUGUCCCCACUGAGAGGCCGCCUGGCAGAGGUGGA